AUGUCAUUCAGUGGGCGGACUCCCGAAUCACUUCUGCCACGUUCCGACUCAAAGAACCCAGCAACUACAUGUAGAGGCAUCACCUCGACAGGAAGGCCAUGUCGAAGGGCUCUGGCAACAUCGCCUAAGAACUCUCCAGCUCCAUCUCCAAGUCGCGGCGCUGGAGUGCUUGCAGUGUUAGACGAAUCGCAUGCAGCCGCCUUCUACUGCUGGCAACACAAAGACCAGGCCGAACAGUUGGCAGCGAGAGAUGACCGGAGAACUCGUCUGCACGCGCUGAAGGAGAAAUCCAGCAUCGACACCUUCAUCGAGCGAGUGGGAAUCUUGGAUCUCGAUGAUGAGGGUCCAGCCCAGCAGAAACGACAUCGUCGGCGACAUCCAAGUAGCCACGGUCCUCCUCGAAGGGAAACACUACCGUCGGGCUGGAAUGAGAUGCAGAGUCCCCUGAUGACCGUCCCGGAGGAGAUUGUGCGUCGUCGACCACCACCACCACCGAAACCUCGAAGUCCGCCUCCACGGUCCAACACCAGACUGUCAUGGGCAUGUUGUCUGCAAGCCGAUGAUGAUGACCAUGAUAUGCCUCCGCCGAGAGUCAGACCGAGUAUAGAGAGACGACCGUCCGAAAGAGGCCCAAUGCAGUCAUCGAGACCAGAGAUGCGGCAGUCCAGUGACAUAUUAUAUAUGCCAUCGAUCCCACAGACACCGUCAUCUCGCGCUACACGACCAGAACCAUCAGCCACUCCAUCCAGUCACUCACAUACACAAACACUUCUCUCUGUUAUCCCAUCCCAUCUCUCGCCACAAACGACAUCACUUCUCCUGGCCGAGUUAUCGCGGCCAAUCUCUCCGGCCGACGAGGCUGGGUAUAUCUACAUCUUCUGGCUAACUCCAGAAACCGAAGCCUCCAGACCGGACGACGAAACCGCUUCGUCGCUAUUAGAUGACGAUGACGAUCCGCAGGUCUCGACAGCACGUUCCCAGCGCACGAAUCAGACUCUCACGCGCUAUGCUUCUGUCCGACAUGCUCAGUCGCGAUCUCAACCCGGGCCCCAGCGCACCAUCACGCUGAAGAUCGGCCGUGCAGCGAACGUCCACAGACGAAUGUCUCAAUGGACCAAACAAUGCGGCCAGAAUAUCUCGCUCAUACGCUACUAUCCAUACACAGGAUCGUCGAAUCAUUCGCAUUCGCGGUCCACUCCAAUUCAGGGGCGAAAAGUCCCUCACGUCCAUCGUGUCGAGCGGCUCAUCCAUCUCGAGCUGGCGGAAAGGCGCGUUGUCAAAUCCGAGUGUGGGCAGUGUGGCCGCGAGCAUAGAGAGUGGUUCGAGAUCGAGGCUUCCAGGUCUGGUUUGAAAGGUGUCGAUGAGGUCGUGAGACGAUGGGUGGCAUGGGCGGAACGACAAUAG